AGGAGUUUCUUUUGUGGCUUUUCUUGACCCGGAAGUAAAUACAUUCCUUUCGGUCACACGUGUAAACGGAUCAACCAUGGGAAAGUCCAAACAAACGGGAAAUCACAAAGGUGACUCGAAGAAGCACAUUGCAAAGACAUGGAAGACAAAGCGCAGGACCAAAGACAUGGACGAGAUCCACUCGGACAUGAAGACUGAGGCAGCGGCCAAGCUGCUGAACCAGGAGGUGGACGUCGACGUGACGGGGUGUGCACAACACUACUGUUUACACUGCGCGAGAUAUUUUGUGGACAUGAGAUCAAUGAAAGAGCACUUCAAAACCAAAGUGCACAAAAGACGGUUGAAAAAGCUCAGAGAGGAGCCCUACACCCAGGCAGAGGCAGAGAGAGCGGCAGGUAUGGGCUCAUACAUCCCGGCAAAAACAGUUGAAGUGAAGACACAGGCUGUGGAAGAGGACAUGGACUAAGCCACCCACUUUAAGCCAUGGACUGAUCACCCCAAUAACCGAAGCAUUUACAAACGGGAUAAUGCUUCGGUUAUUCCUUGUUGACCCACACAUUUUGAGUGCAAUGUUAAAUGCUUUUUUUGUGACACUUCAACAGAAUCAGAAAAGCCUUUACCUUUAAUACUAGGUAAUGUAAUACAACAUGUACCUCUGCAAAUAUUGAGUAUGUUUAGCACUGUGUGGAAUGCUAAUAAACAUGAUGGAGAUUGCAGAAUGCUUUCAUAUGAGACCAUG